UUUAGUUUCCAAAAAUUUCCAAAUUAUAAAACAAUAAAAUAGUACUAAAUUCUCUGUUUAGACUUUAAAAGUUAAUAGUAAAUAUCAAUAAACUUCCUGAACAUGUCUAAAGUAAAGUUUAUGAGACAUCUAAUAAAGAAUUCUGCUACACAAGUGUUUGUAUUUAAAGUAAGUUCCCGUUGCUAUAAUUGCCUGUCCUGGGUUUGAGGAUUUAAUGAAAAAAAAAUUAAGUAAUAUUCGUGAGCUAAAGUUUUAUACACCAUACGGUACACCGAGUGAUACUUUUGUGGAGGGUGACUUGCACGGCUUGAGGUGUGUAAUAUUAGCACGUCAUAAUCGGAAAAAUUUCAUACGACCUGAAGCCGUUAAUUCAUGUGCAAAUAUUUGGGGACUCCAACAAUUGGGCGUUACGCAUGUGCUGUCAGUUUUUGCUGGUUGUUCACUUAUGGAACGCAUACAACCUGGAGAUUUUGUGAUACCAGAUGACUUUAUAGACCUAACUGGUUUACGGACGUCACUAUAUAGACCUCCUAAGCGGGAUUGUCAUGUAAUGAUGAAACCAGCUUUUUCAGAACUCUUGACCAAAUUACUAAUGGAUGCAGCUGAUGAACUGAGAAUCGAAGUACAUAAAGGUGGCUUAAUAAUGGCCAGUAAGGAAGCAAUUUGCUAUACGAAUAUGCAAAGUUCAAUGUAUAGAAUAAUGGGCGGGCAUUUAGUCACACAGAACAUAGUUCCGGAGGCGGUACUUUCAAAGGAAGCUGGUUUAUUUUAUUCACCAUUUUCAAUUGUUGUGAGUUAUGAUUCAUGUUUCAAGACACGGUCAAUUGACUUUCAUCAAGUUGUUGACAAAUAUGUUCAUAAUUUAAAGCUAGUGACUGACAUUUUCUCUUUAGCAAUUGAUAAAAUUCAAAGAAUAAAUUGGACCUCGUCUAUUAUUCAUUUUAGGAACAUGUUGAUGUUGAGUCGCCCAAAGCUUAUAAGAUUAUAUGACGCACGACUUAUCAUAUCCAGAAGAUUGAUGAGUGGAGAAAGUUAUAAAAAACGUAAGAAGACAUAAUAAAAGGGCGUAAUAAUUUCAUUGCUGAUAAGAAGAGAAGGAAUUCAUACUAAGUAAAUCGAAAAUAUUUAUAGAAAAAAGAAUAAAGGAAACAUACGAAGCAUAGCUUAUAGUAUAUUAUCUAAAUGAAGUACCUACUCAGAUAUACGAAUGUAUCUGAAAAUUAAUAAGUAGAAAAAAUUUUUUAAUACACGCGCGUAGAUAACUUGCUAACGUAGAGAAUAUGGUUUUCACAUUAGAAUACAUCUUUAAGGAAAUUUAAGGUUUAAAGUUUUUGUUUAA